AAGAAAUAGGCUUCAGAGCGUACGUGGUUGUGAAUUUGAUUAGCUUGAAUUACUUUAUAAAAUGGCUAUAACAAUACAUGUACAGGAGAAUAAUAGUUUAUCAAAACAUAUGUAAGUGUCAGAGAUCUCGUAUUUUAUUUUGAAGGCCCAAUCUAUUAACUUCCGUUAAAUAUAUGUCAUCAUCACCGGCUUUUUUGAAACAGCUGAACGGUUGGUUGAAAUUAUAUGCAGCUACGCAACCAGCCGGGACCGCUGCGUCACAGCGCCGCAGUGCUUCAUGGGAAAUGUAGUACGCAUAGUACGUAAAGCCACGCAAAGCGGUUUGCCGACGCCAGGAACUGAACUCAUUUCCCACUAGGCUUUGUUUCUCUGCCGAUGUGGAGCGCGGAAAUCUGUUGCCCGAGGCGUUUGUUGUCUCGGAAACGUUAAUUAACUAAUAUUUUCAUAUAUAUAGAUAUUAUUAUUUAUUUAUUUCAGAUAUUUACACAUUCGGUCCUCUGGGCUACACAUGAAGAUAGAUAGAUAGAUAGAUACUUUAUUAAUCCCCAAGGGGAAAUUUGUCGUGACAGUAGCAGCAACACACAAGAAUAAAAACAAAACACAAAAUAUAAGAAACAGGGAUGAAAGAUAUAGAAGUAUACAAGUAAAAUCAUUUAGGUUCCACUUAAACUAGCAGUCCCAAAAAAGUCCACCUUUCUCCCUAUUUACACUUUCAUAUGAUGAAUUUGUUCUUAAAUGUACUCGUGGAAUGUACUUGACACAGCUUAGGAUACUUAAUCUUGUAGGUCUACUUCAAAAUGGAAAUACUUGAGAAUAUACAUUGCAUCCCACCUAAUAUUUCAACUCAAAAUGUGAAAAAUCACUCCUAGCUAAUUUAGAUACAAAACCUAAGUUCAUUUUGAAUUUGCAUGUAUUAUUGCAUGGAACAACAAUACAAUAUUGUUUGGUUUCGUCCUUGUGGUUUUAUCCUGAUUGUUAGCUUAUUAUUGAAUACCUUUACUCUAGUUCAGAGUACACAUGAAUACCUUUACUCUAGUUCAGAGUACACAGGAAUACCUUUCCAUUAAAGGUAUUCCUGUGGCUCUGCAUUCCCUCGUCACAGUAAUGCCUGCCUGUGGUUUAACUCUGGACCUGGUAGUACUGGUCAUGCUGAGUACUAUGCUUAGUACUAUGCUUAGUAAGUACUAUGCUUAGUACUAUAUUUAGGUAGGCCUACAUGUCCAAGCUUAGUAGUCUUGUGUUCCUGUAAUAUUUGUUAUCCCCUCUGGUGCUGUUGAUGGUUUUAGAUGUUGCAUAAUACACAUAAUGUAAUCAUUCAAAAGGAUUUAUGAUACAUCUAAAAUAUACACAAUGGGCAUUUUAUAAAUUCAGAUUUGAAUCUGUGCCUUUGCACUAUAAUGUCGACGCCAUCGUUUUAGGACUGCGUCGGGGUCAGAGGCCAGGAAGUCACUCCGAACACGAUGGACUGACCUCGCCCCGCUGACCCUGACCGGCUUUAGCGAGCUGUCACGUAAGCCAAUCAGCUUCCAGCUACUUGCUCCGUACGUCACCGCCGUGCCACUAUUUGGAGGAGAGAUUCAGUGGCUCCGUUUUUAGAAAUCCUCUCGCUCUCUCAGGACAAAAGUCCCCCAAAAUCUCGCCGAUGUUACGCAUAUCAACAAGAUCAACCAGGCGAGUGUUACCUCAGGACAACGUGUGCAUUAAUAAACACACAGAAUAUGACGUGUCUCACAACCGUCCAGCAGACGCUGAGAGGGAUGUAGGCUGCAGGGUGACUUUUUUGUUGAGGAGCGGGUGCUCUAUUUCGACGCCUGUGCAGUAAUACGAUUAGCAGUCUAAUCCAGGAGGAGUCAGGAUUACAUAACACCCCCCCCCCCCCCCCCACAGAGCAGCAUAAACCUGUUCUUGGGGACACUUACAAUACUUUUCAAACACUUUCUUGGGGUUAAUUUUUUCACAUCCACGUUUGAUCCGUGGUGUGGGGUGGGAUGAUCGGGGGCCCUCCACAAAAAAGCAGCACAGAGGAUCCUGUGGGGGUCUCUGGAUGGGGGUUUGCCCCCUCCCUGGCCACACGGGGAUAAUCCAGAGACGAAUCAAAUCAAGCGAGAGCUACAGGAUUGACUUUCGACAGGAGAGCGUCAGCGAGGCGGAAGUCGAUGACAACUGUGAAGCGCUCGUUUCCGUGGAUGUGGGCCGCGGGCGUCUCGUCUCACCGACUGCAGGUAAGACAAGUUUUCAUUUUAUAUUCUAUCUAUGUGCUUGUUUUUACUGAGUGGUCCUUCCUGGUCAGAUAUUCAAAUGUUGUUGUUGCAUAUGCCAAUGUUGCACUGUGAUGUAAAACCAUACAGCGAAGAAGAGAAAAUCCUGAAAUGGAUUAUUAUUAUUAUUAAUAUUAUUAUUAAUAUUAUUAUUAUGUGACCUUCAGGUGGAGCUCUGAUGGAAUACAGUGAGUGAGGACGGUGGUUGAAUUCAAUCAGUUGAUUUUGUAUAGCCCAAUAUCACAAAUUACAAAUGUGCCUCAGAGGGCUUUACAAUCUGUACACAUACGACAUCCCUGACCUUUGACCUCACAUCGGGUAGUUGGGCACGUGGUACAUGUAUAUAUCAGGUAUAACCGUAGUUUACCUAGAUACAUUUCUAAUGUGCCAGACUAGAGGAUAUUUGGAAUGUCAUGCCAUGAUGGCAGACUUGCAAUUCCAGGUCAGGAUUAAACACCUCUUGAAGUGAUCGCUCGCCAACCACAAAUGAUCCUAAUCAUGUCGGCGUUACAGAGCAACGUACGUAUGCUGGAGAAACUACAGCAUCUCACAGCCUCACAUGUUAUAAGAAGGAAUACAGACAGAAAUAUUAAAACAAUUAAUAGUCUGGCCAUACAACCAUUUCUACACAAGAAGCAAACUGAUCUCAGAUCAGAAUUCAUGGAGCUCCUGGCGUGUCAUGAGAGACAUUAUUGCUGUUUAAUAAGCUGUUAAAGGUGCAUUGGGUAAAUUAAACACGCCCAUGAAAGGAUCCGAUUCAGUCAUUGGAAAAAAACUAAUUAGUAACGAUUAAAACAAGAUUUGUUUUUCUUGACCAAAAUCACAGCUGUGUGUUGACAGCCUUUCUGUAUUUGUAUCAGACUGUUCAAUAAAUCAGUCGUCAAUAUCUUCCCAAUAUCUUGUCAACCUUAAUUAUUUAUUUAUUUCUUCGAUAUCGUGUUUUGACAUUCUGCUUAAUUUUGCGAAAAAUAAAUACCAAGUCUUCACGUGGAACAGUGGAAAUGAUUUGCUUUGCAAUUAAAAUAACAUAAAACAGAUACAUUCUAUUAUUAUUACAAUUGUAGAUUAAAGCGUGUCUAAUAUCAGAUGUACCCCCCCCCCCCCCCUCCUCCUCUACCUCGAGUCAGAGCCCCCAGGCCGAAGUACACUCUGGUGGGAGAAGCUCUACGUUACGUCAUCCCCGGACACGUGCAAUGCUCGAUGGGCUGCGGAGGCCAAGACUGCAAGUUUGACAACCCGAGUUCCUGGAGCGAGCAGGACCAGGCCAUCAAAGGCCUCUACUCGUCCUGGGUUUCCGAUCACCUCCUAGCGAUGUCCAGACCCUCGACGGAAACCAUCGAGAAGUACGACGUCAUCGACCAAUUCAGGAGUUUAUUUCUACAAUUUUGGCUGGAGCGACUACGGGGUGGCCAACCUCACCGCGGUGCUGGACAUGGUGACCGUCACGGCCUUCGCUCGGAAGGAGGGGAAGAUCGCGGUCCACUGUCACGCCGGUCUCGGCAGAACAGGUGUGCUGCUGGCGUGUUUCUUGGCCUACGCCACCAGGAUGACCGCCAACCAGGCCAUCGCGUACGUCCGCGCCAAACGCAUCGACUCCAUCCAGACCCGCGGUCAGCUGCGCUGCGUCAGAGACUUCGUCCGGUUCCUCGCCCCUCUGAGGAGCGUGUCGCCCUGACCCAGUACCUGAACCGCCAACGGCACAUGCUGCACGGCCACGAGAGUAAGGAGCUGAGGCACCUGCCGAAGAUCGUCCGGCUGGUGUCCGGGCUGCUGUUGGACAUCUACAGCUCCCAGACUGCCUCACCACUCACCCAGCUGCAGGUGCUGAGGACAUCUAACUGAGGCAGGGCUGGGAAGCUGAAGAAGAGACGGAGGGGAGAGCACAAGGAGCAUCUGUUUCUCCACCCGGGAUGCUUUUUGUUGAAGGACGGACUUUUUUAAAAUUAGUUUGAAGAAUAAACAUUCCCCUGCAUUUUUAAACCUAUCACUUCUGCCUGUUUUUACUCCUCCCUUGCGCUGCCCCACCCUAGCCGGCGCUAUAGGGACAUUACUGAUCUCCAUCUUUGUACUUUAAAUGCAACUAAACAAGCGAGUAUUUUUUUUCCUCCUUGAGUUUUCCGAAGUAAAAGUAAAGUACGACGACGCGUGUUGCAGGCCGAGCUGAACCAAGGCGGCGGCUCCCUUCAUCCUCACCGGGCUCAUUGGGCGUGGCUGGAGCAGCUCAGAGAGCCGGCCGUCUCCGUCCGGGAAGCCGAGGCCCUGAAGCCCGACGCCGCCGACGCCCAGAGCGUCCUCGGCGCACUGGACCAGGUCAGCGAGCGAGUUCCGUGCCGGCGGCGCCCGGUACCGGGAGGAGGCGGCGGCCUUUUUAACCUUCGCCUUCGUCUCUUCAUCCCCAGGCCUCCAAGCAAACAUUAACGUGCGUACUGGAUUGCAUGGCUCACAUGCUGGCGAUACCGGAAGAGGUGGAGGCCGCUUUCCUGAAGCGUACCAUCAAGGCGUUCACCUGGGUGGAAAACAUCUCGGAGGAUGCAGGCCGAGUGUACGAGUCCAUGACCACGGCCCAGCGCUGCGUCCUCAAGGACUUGAGGUGCUCGGCCCUCGGCGCGGAGGAGGCGCGUGUCCCUUCCCUUUAAACGGGGGCACGACCGGUCCUGUACGUGUAUAUGCACGGAGGCGGGAGAGAGGCUUUUUUGUUGUGUGCCUUGUGACAAAAUGACGUCAUAUGUAAUAGCUUUUUGAAGAUCUCUCCUUUUUUUCUUUUCUUUUUUUGAUUUGGGCUAAAUAAAACGUAUGGAACGCAGAUUAUUUUCGCGAAU